AUGACAAUUAACAACAUUAAGAAUGAAAUUGCAAAAAAGAUUAAUGGUACAGCUAUUGCUAAGUCAUUUUAUGAAAAAAUUAAAACAGAAAUUAUUGAAAAACAAUCUAAAUAUCCAGAAUUUCGUCCUACACUAGCAAUUAUUCAGGUGGGAUCAAUAGAAGAAUCUAACACAUAUAUUCGUAUGAAACGUAAAGCAUCGGAAGAAGCAAAUAUUCAAUUUCAGCAUAUAACAUUUCCUGAAUCAAUUCAACAAAGUGAACUUUUGAAUGAGAUUUUUCGUCUAAAUAAGGAUUUUUGUGUCCAUGGGAUUAUUGUUCAAUUUCCCAUUCCCUCUCAUUUAUCAGAAUCAGCUAUUACUUCUGCUAUAUCACCUUUAAAAGAUGUGGAUGGACUUAAUGUUUUAAAUAUCGGAGAGCUUUCUAAACGGAAUGGAAAACCUUUCUUUAUUCCUUGUACUCCUAAAGCUGUUAUGAGUAUAUUUGAUUCAAUUGGUAUUGAACUUGAGGGUAGAAAUGCAGUUGUUAUUGGACGCAGUAAUAUUGUUGGAAAUCCUAUGAGUUGUCUUCUUCGCAAUGCCAAUGCUACUGUCACUGUCUGUCAUUCAAAAACUAGAAAUAUUAAGGAAGUUUGUAGACAGGCAGACAUUUUGGUAGUUGCUAUCGGACAGCCUGAAUAUAUUAAUGCUGAUUGGGUCAAACCAGGAGCCGUGGUAAUUGAUGUUGGCAUUAAUUAUAAAGAGGAUCCUUCAAGGAAAAGCGGAAAACGUCUUAUCGGAGAUCUGCAUUAUGAAUCGGUUUCAAAGGUUGCAUCUUAUAUAACUCCUGUUCCAGGAGGUGUUGGUCCUAUAACUGUUAGUAUGCUUCUUCAAAAUGUUUUAGAAUCAGCUAAGCGCUUUCAAUCUCUUUCCCAUUCCAAGAUUAUUUCUCCUCUUCCUCUUAAGCCUCUUAAUCCUGUUCCUAAUGAUUUUAUUAUUUCUAAAAGUCAAACACCUAAAAAUAUCCAAACAUUGGCCAAAGAAAUCGGUAUUUUUGAUAACGAACUUGAAAUUUACGGGAAUUAUAAAGCUAAAGUAAGUUUGGAUAUCUUAGAUCGAUUAAAAUAUCGAAAAGAUGGAUAUUAUGUUUGUGUAACUGGAAUUACUCCUACAGCUUUCGGUGAAGGGAAAACUACAGUAUCUGUAGGACUUGCUCAAGCUUUAGGAGCUCAUUGUAAAAAAUUAACUUUUGUUUGUAUUCGUCAACCUUCUCAGGGACCUACUUUUGGCAUCAAAGGCGGCGCAGCAGGAGGCGGCUAUUCUCAAGUUAUUCCAAUGGAUGAACUUAAUCUUCACUUAACUGGAGAUAUUCACGCUGUUACUGCUGCUAAUAAUCUUUUAGCUGCCGCUAUUGAUACUCGUUUUUUUCAUGAAGAAACUCAAAGUAUUAAGGCUCUUUAUUCUAGACUUGUUUCUAAAAAAGAUGGAAAAUGUAAUUUUUCGCCUAUAAUGAAAAAGCGAUUACAAAAAUUGGGAAUAGACAAAACAGAUCCCAAUGAUUUAACUAACGAAGAAAUUGAGAAAUUUGCUAGAUUAAACAUUGAUCCAAAAACUAUUACAUGGCAGCGCGUACUUGAUGUAAAUGACAGGUUUUUACGCAAAAUUACAAUUGGAAAAAAUCCUACAGAAAAAGGAUUAGAAAGAACUUCUGGAUUUGAUAUUUCUGUCGCUAGCGAAUGCAUGGCAGUAUUAGCUCUUGCAAAUGACAUUAAAGACUUGAGAAAAAGACUCGGCGAUAUGAUUGUGGCUACAAGUCAAUCUGGAGACUUUAUUACUGCCGAUGAUAUUGGAGUUGGCGGCGCUAUGGCCGUUCUUAUGAAAGAUGCUAUAAAACCUAACUUAAUGCAAACUAUUGAAGGAACUCCAGUAUUUGUUCAUGCAGGCCCUUUUGCAAAUAUUGCCCAUGGGAAUUCAUCUAUUCUUGCAGACAGAAUUGCCUUGAAACUUACUGGUAUCGAAAAUGAUGAAACACGAGAAAAAGAUGCAGGAUAUGUAAUAACUGAGGCGGGUUUUGGUGCAGAUGCGGGAUUAGAAAAAUUUUUUGAUAUUAAAACUAGAACGUCUGGUUUACAACCAGAUGCAGUUGUUUUAGUAACUACUGUUAGAGCGUUAAAACUUCAUGGAGGCGGUCCAGAAAUUGUUUCCGGAAAACCAUUAGAUAAUGUUUACUUCACUGAAAACCUUGAAUUAGUUAGAAAAGGAUGUUGUAACAUGAUAAGACAUAUUCGAAAUAUUGAAAAAUAUGGUGUACCAAUUAUAGUUGCUAUAAAUAAAUUUCAUAUGGAUACUCAAUCAGAAAUCACUAUUAUCCAAGAAGAAGCCUUAAAAGCAGGUGCAGUAGAUGCUGUAGUUAGUAAUCAAUGGGCAUUGGGUGGAGCCGGUUCAAUUGAACUAGCAAAUGCUGUUCAAUAUGCUUGCCAAAAAGUUCCUAAGAAUUUCAAAUUUUUAUAUGAUUUAAAUACCUCUAUUAUAGAAAAAAUUGAAAUAGUUGCUAAAGAGAUAUAUGGCGCAGAUGGUAUUGAACUAAGCGAACUUUCAAAGGAAAAAAUAAAACAGUAUACUGAAAAAGGAUUUGGAAAUCUUCCUGUUUGCAUUGCUAAAACUCAAUAUUCAUUUUCGCAUGAUCCAAAACUAAAAGGUGCACCUACAGGUUUUAUAAUUCCUAUAAGAGACAUUCGUUUGAAUGCAGGUGCUGGUUUUAUAGUACCAUUACUUGCUGAAAUUACAACAAUUCCUGGACUUCCAACUCGACCGGCAUAUUAUGAUGUCGAUAUUAAUACGGAAACUCAUCAGGUCGAAGGGUUAUUUUAA